AUGGGUGAUCGGUUGUGCAACACAAUCAAGGAAACUGCGGAGGGUAGUGUGUUUUCGCACGGUCACACUGCGUUGAGAUUCUUCGUACACAGGGGAAGGUUACGACUUCACCAUCCAAAGAUGUCAAAUGAUAUUGAUAACGGAGUUGCACUAAACGGAGUAGAACUCAUCGGGUACAGUGAUCGGAAUGGGAGAAAAUCAAGUUUAAAAGAUGUUAUCUUUCCUAAUGAGAGGCAGGAACAAGAGGAAGAAAUAUUAGGCCCCUCUGGGACUAUCCGAGGAGUGAAGAACUUGAUCAAACAAAGGCAGGAAGCGCUCUUGAGGAAUGAGACUCUUAGUAAAACGAGACAGGAACCAGCUGAUGAAUUUUUGGGGAAAAUAAUAUUUUACACGACUUCCAUGGGUGGUAUUCGCUCGACUGUGGACGAAUGUCGGUUCGUGAAGAAACUUUUUGACAACCUUAACGUGGAAAUCGACGAAAGAGACAUCUUUAUUCACAAGGAGCAUCAAGUAGAGCUGGAUAGAAGGUUACAGGAAGAGAAGGCGCCCGUCCCGCAAGUAUUCGUCAAUGGCAUUUGUCUAGGGGGUAGUAAAGAGUUAUUGCAUCUAAACGAAACUGGUGAGCUCAAAGAACUGCUUUCUGGGUUCAAGAAACAACGAGACGUGUGUGCUAGAUGCGGUGGCUUUCGGUUCAUUAACUGCUCCUCGUGUAACGGUAGCAAGCGGACGCGGCGCAUGCGCAUUUCACGUGAGAUCAACAUGCUCAAGUGUACAAAGUGCAACGAGAAUGGACUUCUGAAAUGUCCGGACUGUGCCCCAGAGCCAGUUACAAUAAUCUAGAUUCCUCAAGCUUAUGCCUACAACACAGAAAACGCCCCACUGCAGUUCCCGCAAUAAGAAGUCUAGAUUGAUGCAGCUAGCUCGCUACCUCGCGUGUAGCAGGUGGCAAACCCGUAGUAUAUAGGAAAAGACUCGUUUCGCCAAUCAGUGCGGCCAUGGUUAGAAACUUUUGCCUGGGAAGAGAGGGAGGGGGACGUAGGGACAGAUGCUAUUUUCUUUCAUAAUUCCUUUGUACGUUUCCGAUUUUACUAGGGGAUCAUGCCCUCCUGUGUGACGUAACACAGUGACGUUGUGCCCAUAACACGGCCCUGCAACAGAGUAAUAUGCAGCGUUAUUCGAGGAUGAAGCUUAUUUCAAAAUUCCAAAUACAUUAUAAUUUAUUAUGCAGUACACUAUCCUUCGAGUUAAAUUAAAGCGUUCUAAGCCUGCAAAGAUUUUUUUCUGAUGACAUUUCUAACAAUGACAGGGCCGGGCCGCAGCAGGGGAUGGAGCACUGGGGCACGUGCCCCCAUCCCCCCCCCCCCCCCCCCCCCCCCCCACAAUAUUUGAAAAAAAUAUGUGGCUGGUUUCUUUAUUGUGCCCUUCCAAUAUCUUAAAGCUUGCUACGGCACUGAUUGAAAAUGUAUCAUUUUAGUGUCACGCGACUAGAGUUAGAAACACGUACUUCCACGAAUACAAAAGGUUUCCACACCAUCAAAACCAAUUGCCGCGAACUAUUUCCAACACCUUCUGACGAAUGUCUGAUUUAAUUAGUCAUGGGAAACCAGAUCCUUUUUUCUCAUAUAAAGUUUUACCCUUUUUUACACCUAGCUAAGUAACGCUUAAAUCGUAUGAAUAACUAAAGAGUCACGAUGGUAUAUAAAUAGGCACUAGCAAUGUGAUAAAAAAAGGGAAGAAGAGAUCAGAGGAGAGAGAGAGAAAA